AUGGACUUUCUAAUCGAAAAUGAAGCAGCCAUCGACUUCACAAAUGGAGUUAUCUCUUCCAAAACGCCGGAAACCGCUGAAGACAAGUGGUGGCCACGAAUAACCCCGGAGAAGCGCGCAAACACGGACGUAACCGCCGUGACGAGUCAGCACGUCAACCUGCCUCCCUUGUCGUCAGUCCUUGUGACCGCUACGUGCGACAGACCACCAACUGGCUGUUUGUUGGCUGAAGGCAACACGCAACUUCUCCACGAACGAGGAAUGGGGAUAGCACGAGGAACUGUGCCCGGAAGAAACGGAACAGUCGAACUCCUGGUCACAAAUUUUCACCCGGAGGCACAACACCUCGCAAACGGGACGAAUAUAGCCGUCAUCGUAUACCAAUACACUACCACGGAUGUUUGCCUGAUGGACGCUUCUCGCAUCGCGGUCACCGCGGAACACGAUGCCGGACAUUUCGACGUAAACUCUCAACUCAAUACAACUCAAAAGCAAACCCUUCUCCAGAUGCUCAACGAUUUCAGUGACUGUUUCGCUGCAUUGUCGAAAGUAAGACAAACGCCCAUUGCGAAGCACCGCAUCAUCGUCGGCGAAAACGCCCGUCCAAUUCACCGCAUGCCGUACCGGGUAUCCUGCAAAGAGCGAGAAACGAUUCGAAAGCAAGUAGAAGAGAUGCUAAGAGAUGACAUUAUCCAGCCGUCAACGAGUCCGUGGAGAAGAAGGACGGAACACUCAGGUUCUGCGUCGACUACCGGAAACCCAAUGAGAUAA